AUGGCAGUUGUUGCAGUCAGGGAGUUGCCAAUAUUGAUACAGGCAUUACAGAAGUGGAUGCCAUAUUGUAAUUCUCUUCUUUCUAUGAUGAAGAACAGCCUGCUAUCUGAAAAUGUUUGGCCACAUAUGGCAAUAUACACCGAUGACAUUAAGAAAUGUACAACGGUAGUCGGCGCUGCAAUCAACUAUCACCUGUCGCCUUUCGAUAGAACAUAUUACAUCCAUUCCACUAAUAUCACCAAGCUGCAAGAAGUGCUGAACACAACUGGAGUGAUUAACUGGAACAAAACCCGGAUUAUGAUUGAGAAUAUGCCAAUGUCUGGUUUCCAAAUUAUUCAUGAUGUUGCUAAGAACAGAGGAUUUCAACUCAUUUACAAUAAACCGUGCAAUCUUGUUUUACUCAAAAACAAAGAAUUGUGUGCAAAAACUGCUGAAAAAUCACUUCCCUUUGCCAUGCGUUAUGGUAGUCUGCAAAACGAGCACAUUCCUUUAAUAGAAAACAGAUGGUGGAUGAACAAUGAAACAACACCUCCAUCAAUCCUUUCCGAAACGCUGAAGCACUGUAAAUCUUUUGCUGCCUUUGAUCCCAAUGGAACACCGGUAUCAUGGGGAAUACACAAGGAAUGUGGCGCUUUGGGAUACGGGUUCAGUGAACCCAAGUACCGAGGAUCAGGCUUACAUAUGAUAAUCCAAGCUAGGUUUUGCACAGAAUUGUCAAAUGCAGGCAUUACACCAUAUUUCUAUAUAGCUAAAAAUAACAUACCACCGAUGAAAGUUGCGACAAAGGUGGGAUUCGAAAAACUGGAAGGUUUUGUUACUACAAGGCUGGUAUUUACAAAAAUACAAUAA